AUGAAGUUCUCUACUCUCGCAGGGUCUAUCCUGCUCUCCAGCGUUGCGCUAGCUGCUCCUCUUUCCGAGGAGAAUCUCGCUCGACGUGAAGCCAACCGCGUUGCUCGCCGUGCUCGUCCCCACAGGCAGACUCACACCAACCAGCGUGUUGACGCCGGCAAGGAUCUUGCGACGACCGAUUCCGAGACCUUUGCCGAAGUCUACUCCAGCAACUGGGCCGGUGCUGUCCUGAUCGGGUCCGGAUACACCUCAGUCACUGGAUCCUUCGUUGUUCCUUCCGUCACUGUUCCAGAUGGUGGUGACAGCACCCAACAGUACUGCGCUGCCGCCUGGGUUGGUAUUGACGGCGACACUUGUGGCACCGCUAUCCUCCAGACUGGUGUGAACAUCUGCAUUCAGAACGGUCAGAUCACGAACACUGCUUGGUACGAGUGGUUCCCUGCCGCCCAAGAGUACUGGGAUAGUGGUAUCUCCAUCAACACUGGUGACACUAUUACUGCUACUGUUACUGCCGACAGCUUGACUGGUGGCACCGCUACUGUCACCAACGAGUCCAACGGCCAGUCCGUCUCAUACACCUUCUCCGGCCAGACUGACAGUCUCUGUGAGACCAACGCUGAAUGGAUCAUGGAGGAUCUCUCGGGUGGCGGCGGUCUUCUCAACUUCGCCGACUUUGGCAGUGACUUCACCUUCACUGGUGCUACUGCCCUCUCCAACGGUGCUACCGUCGACACCACGGGUUCUACCAUCAUGGACAUUUACCAAAAUAACGAGGUCCUCACCUCUACCAGCGCUUCUGGCAGCACUGUCGUUAUUUCUUACCAAUAA